UUGCACGGGAAAACUUAAGAACGUUGUGUACUAUUCAUAUUUUUCUUCGAUUUUGUAUUAGACCAAACCAUAUCAAAACCUUUAACAUGAACUCUCUCUGGCUUUAUGAUAAAUCCGCCUCAGCCCUCCCCAGAAAUAAUGCAUGAAUAUGGAUGGGCUGUUGUGACUAGGUCUAUCGGUGCAUUGGAUUGCCUCCAACGUUGGCAUAAAAUCACCAACGGCAGAGGAGACUACACCGUCCAGUCCUGAGGAUAUAGAUGGGGAGCAAUGACACAAAAAGGCUUCUCAUUAUCGAGAAGGAUCUGUUUAGUUUGUCUGCAGUGAAUGACAUGUUGCGCUCUACCUAAAUGCUCUCGUGCCCUGUGUCUACUGACUGGCCAAUAUGUUGAGCCGACUCAUGAGUGGCAGCGAUCGGAGCCUUGACAGGGAAUUCAACUGUACAGUGCGACUGCUGGACGACUCGGAAUACACUUGCACGGUUCAGAGGGAUGCAAAGGGCCAGUGGCUGUUCGAGCAGGUCUGUCAUCAUCUAAACCUGCUGGAAAAGGAUUACUUUGGCAUCAGAUUUGUGGAUCCAGAAAAGCAAAGGCAUUGGCUGGAGUGUAGCAAACCUAUUACCAAACAAAUGAAAUCUCAGCCACCAUACACCAUGUGUCUGCGUGUGAAGUUCUAUCCUCCAGACCCUGCGGCUCUUAAGGAAGAAAUCACUAGAUACCUGGUCUUCCUACAGAUGAAAAGAGAUCUGUAUCAUGGCCGACUCUUGUGCAAGAGUUCAGAUGCUGCCACAUUGGCCGCAUAUAUUCUACAGGCUGAGAUUGGAGACUAUGAUCCAGGAAAGCACCCAGAAGGUUAUAGUUCUAAAUUUCAGUUUUUUCCCAAGCAUUCUGAGCGCCUGGAGCGCCGCAUUGCUGAAAUUCACAAAACUGAACUGAUAGGGCAGAGCCCUGAGACGUCUGAGUUGAAUUUCUUAAACAAAGCUCAGACUCUAGAAACAUAUGGUGUAGAUCCACACCCCUGCAAGGAUGUGUCUGGAAAUGCAGCAUUUUUGGCCUUCACCCCGUUUGGUUUUGUGGUACUGCAGGGAAACCGGAGGAUUCAUUUCCUCAAAUGGAACGAGGUGACCAAACUCAAGUUUGAAGGAAAGACAUUUCAUAUAUAUGCAACUCACCAAGAGGAUCAAAAGAUCAUCUUGACUUACUUUGCUCCAACGCCUGAGGCCUGCAAGCAUCUCUGGAAGUGUGGAGUAGAACACCAGGCUUUCUACCAGUUUGAGAAAUCAAGUCAAGUUCGCACUGUGUCUAGUAGUAAUCUCUUCUUCAAAGGUAGCCGUUUUAGAUAUAGUGGUAGAGUGGCAAAGGAGGUGAUGGAGCAGAGCGCAAAAAUCAGGCGAGAGCCCCCAGAGAUCCACAGGGCUGGGAUGGUCCCUAGUAGGAGUUGUCCCUCUAUCACACAUGGUCCACGACAGAGCAGCGUUCCCCAGGCACGCAGGAGAGCAGUCCAUAUUUCCAUCAUGGAAGGUUUGGAGUCCCUGCGUGACAGUGGCCAUUCCACACCGGUGCGAUCAGUCUCCAGUAGCAACUCAUUUCUACAGUCCCAUGGCAGUGGAGCGGAAGGAGGGACAGCAGAAUUUUCAGAGGACUCUUACAGUCCCUCUGACAGCAUGCUUCCCACACCAGUGUCCAGUGACCACUCAGACCAGGCUCAGGUUCGGCACACCAAUGGCCCCCGCAGAAUCCAAGAGGAACGAGGAACAGAACUGAUCGCUUCAGACCAGGCAAGGCCGCUUGGUGUUAAAGCCAAAGGGAAAGGUUCUUGUCCCGGGAAGACUCAGUCAACCCAACGCAGCCCGGAGGAAGAGCGAGUGAACGAGUUCAUCUGUAGUUUGGCGCGUCUUUUCUUAGUGACUCUGGCUCUGCUGUUUGCCCUCCUUCUCCUUCUUAUCGUGCUUACAGAGUCUGAGCUGGACUUGGCCUUUCUUAGGGACAUCCGGAGGACACCCGAAUUCCAGCAGUUUCACUAUGAAUACUUCUGCCCUCUUAGGCGCUGGCUGGCCUGCAAGUUGCGCUGGAUGGGUGGGCAUCUUAUUAAUAAAUGACUUCUGUUUCCACAGCCUUGAGUGCGUGGUUGCCUCUAUCUUCUGAGAGGCUUCAUGGAGUCCAUUGGGUCUCAAGGAACAAGCAGUGUAAGAGUGGGACAUGCUAAGCAUUAAUGUCAUGGUAAUUAUUAUUAUAUACAUAGCCAAAGCCGUGGACUCUCUGAUAUAAUGCCAAGACAAGACAAUUGUGUAUGUUUCAGCUCUAGUUAUUGUGAAAUUGUUUUCUGCGGCACGAUUUUGUGGUUGGGUAAAAAUAUGGUAUGUGUAGCUCUAUAAAUGCUGCUGUCACUCAUCCAUCCUUUAUCUAUUUUUUUAAUAUAUACACUUAAAGGUUGGUCCCUUAGACUGUGAUGACUGAGACCUAACACUGCAAACAAAGACAUGAAGAUGCCUUUAUUGAACAGAUUUAGAUUGAGAUUAUCCUUGACAUGGAGUUGGAGAAUUCAGAAGGGUUUUGGCUGGGGUACUUUGUAAGGGUUAAAUGUUGGUACUGUGGAUUUGAUCCAUACUACGAUGUAAGCAUAAAUGUUGGUAAAUAUAGUAUAGAUCAAAGUCAUUGAUGGUGUUCAUGCAUGUAGAAAAGACUGAAACACUGAGGUACAGUAUAUUGGUCACCCCAAAUUUAAGGCUUUCGCCUUGACUUCAACCCAACUUCAAAAAAUAUACAUACACAAUUUAUGUUUCUAUCUCAUACAAAUAACGAUUGAUACCCAGUGGAAAUGGUGUCCUUGAGGUUAUGGUGUGAGAAGGGAGAGGAAAGUAUAUUGGAUAGACAAUGUUAAGUGAAAUGUUUGGAAAGUCUGAAAAUGCCUGAAAGUUUAUCUAAUCAUCCAUCAUUUUUUUAAAUUAUGCUUUUAUCAUUUUGUAAACUCAAUAUUUUCACCAACACAAUUAAAACAAAUUGAUACAAAAUUCAAAGCAAUUCUCUUUUUUAGGUAAUGGUGACAUUUUUGGUCUGAAGGUAAAUUUUAAACAAAAUUCAUCUGUGAAGUAACUAAACGCAACAAUGUAUAUGCACUUGUUUGAUACAUUAAUAGUAGGAAAGUUAAUGUCAAGAAAAUAAACCUGCAAGGCUCAGGCCAUAUCUGGGUGUUAAGAAACCUAAAAUGAAAGAAAAUGAAACUUUAUGUACUGUUGUUUGUAGCAUGUAAUUCAUGAAGUAGUCUAGUAUAUAGUAUGUAACAAUACCAAUGAUGGCACAUGGAAACCCCUGGAAUGAAAUCCUGAUGUGUGUUGUUGCGUUAUAAAUGAUUAUGAGAAUGAAAAUGAAAAUGAAGCAAUACCCAUGACAUUGUUGAGCCAGCUGAAAAGUAAUUCUCUUAACACAAGGUUUAGAACUGCAUUAGAAGCAAUCUGUUGUUGAAUGUACAAAUAUGUACAAAUACUCUGUUUCACUUAUUCUUGCUAAUUGUAACUGAAACUGGUUCAGCUAUUUCAAAUGGUAACUUCCAUUCAAAGCAAUAGUGAAUUGAAAUGAAUAACUAUGGAAGACAAUCAGAAGUGGUUAAUCUAUCACAUCGUUAAACAAUGAUCACUCAGUAAUCUUCUGUAAUCUUCCUCCUCACUGUAAAGCAUCAGAUUGUUACUUUUCUGUAAACUUUAUUUUCAUAAUUAAUAUCAUACCCUGGUUUGUACUAAGACGACAUUACAACAAUAUUUUUUUUCAAAAAAAAUAAAC